CGACCCGACCCAUCUACCCUUUUAUCAAACAUUCAAACGCAGCUCUCUCUCCCCCUCUGCCCCUUUAUCUCCUGCCCUCCCUCCAUCUCUUUUUUGCUUCUCACCGUAAAAAACAAUGGAGCCGUGGCUCGACGACUUAGCCGACGAUCUCCAAAGCGUAAGCUUCACCUCAUGUUCCAGCGCCACUGUAAACCGCAGCACCAGCUCAGGCUCCGCCUCCAACUCCGGUUCUUCCUCUCUCGCUCCCUCCGCUCACGGUUCAUUCUCUUCCAAGUCCCUACGCUCAUGCACGCUCUCCCUCGCCGACCUCCGCUUCUCCCUUCGCCUCGGGUCCGGCGAUAUCGGCUCUGUCUACUUAGCCGAACUCAAGUCUCAUGCACCACCUUCCAGCUCCAAUGCCGCUGACACAAACAAAAACAACAGCAACAGUAAAAGCAGCAGCAAGAGCGAAGUCCUUUUUGCAGCAAAGGUGAUGGACAAGAAAGAGCUAGCGUCCAGGAGUAAAGAAGGGCGAGCAAGGACUGAGGUGGAAAUACUCAAAUUGUUGGACCAUCCUUUCUUACCCUCGCUUUACGCCGCUAUCGAUUCCCCUAAAUGGCUCUGUUUGUUAACAGAGUUUUGUCCAGGCGGCGACCUUCACGUCCUCCGCCAACAUCAACCUCUCAAACGUUUCCCAGAAUCCGCCGUCAGGUUCUAUGCAUCAGAGAUGGUGGUAGCGUUAGAGUACCUUCAUAUGUUAGGGAUUGUUUAUCGCGAUCUAAAGCCUGAAAAUGUGCUUGUUCGAUCAGAUGGUCACAUUAUGCUCACGGACUUUGACCUCUCAUUAAAGUGCGAUGAAUCUACGUCAACACCCCAGAUUAUUUCUAAUAAAAAACCACUGCUUCCAGCUCCCCAAAACGUCUAUCCUAUACAUCAACUUCCUUUUAUAUCCUCUUCAUGCAUUAUACCUAAUUGCAUAGUACCUGCAGUGUCAUGUUUCCACCCAAAACGCAAACGCAAAAAGAAGUCUAGCCACCGUGGUGGGCCUGAGUUUGUGGCUGAACCAAUGGAUGUCCGUUCCAUGUCUUUUGUUGGGACUCAUGAGUAUUUGGCACCAGAAAUUGUAUCCGGGGAGGGCCAUGGUAGCCCUGUGGACUGGUGGACACUGGGGAUUUUUAUGUAUGAACUGUUUUAUGGGGUAACACCAUUUAAGGGCGUCGAUCAUGAGCUAACCCUAGCUAAUAUUGUGGCUCGAGCCCUUGAGUUCCCCAAAGAACCAACAAUUCCCACGGCGGCUAAGGAUCUUAUUCACCAGCUACUGGUCAAGGAUCCUGCAAGGCGGUUAGGGUCCACAAUGGGUGCAUCAGCCAUCAAGCACCAUCCGUUCUUCCACGGGGUCAAUUGGGCAUUGCUAAGAUGCACAACCCCACCAUAUGUACCUCCACCAUUUCGUAGACAAGUUGUAGCAGAUGGAAGCUGUCCGGAGACCCCAGUGGAGUAUUAUUAAGGGAAGUAAAAAAAUAACAAGUAAACAAGAAAAUUCCAAGAUUCCGCAGCAGCUCAUGCCGCCAUUUGGGGCAUGCCCAUAUUUUAGAGCUCAAUGCAUUUGUAUAUGCGCUUUAAUUAUACGAGAUUCUACUAACAUGCAAGAUGUUGUUGGCUAGGGUACAAUUGAGGUUUUCGAGAUUUGUUGUCUUGACGAUGAUCCUAAUAUAUCGGCUAAAAACAUUAUGCAUUAAUUACUGAAUCGAGUGUAUAUUUUUUAUA